AUGCAUCCGCGUCGUAGUCCUCGAAGUGGGCAGAGCUCGAGUGUAUCUCCUCCAUACGCGAAAUGGCAACAAGAAGAAGGCGACGAGGCACGACAUUGCUCGCAACUGUCGACUCCGAGCAGCCAACCAUUGCAGCGAAAACGUCUCCCGCUUUUACGUCGCCGCAGUUCCAAAAAGAGCCCCAAGGACAAGAUGGAACUAGGGGACCCAAGCGCAAUGGAAUUGCAACAUACAGGAUAUCCGCUUCAGGCAAACGGUUUCGUCCAGCGAGCCGUCCAAUUCUAUGUGAAAUAUUAUGCUCCGUCUGCAAAUCAGCGUCCACACUUCAUUGGGGUCGGGCAGGAUCUGUCACUUCUACGCCAGUACGUACCGUUCCUCCUGCACGACGGAAUGGUGUUCAGUGCUAUGGUCGCCAUGGCCUCUAUGGGAGCCAACAUCGCUGCAACUGGCAAUCGGGAGCGCUCCUCGGAGUCACUCAAAUACUAUCAACUAGCAGUAUCAAUGCUGCGGCAGCGGUUAACAGAUGAGUCGCAAAGGUCAAGCGAUGCGGUUAUCGCGACGCUGAGCAACCUUUGCGGAUUUGAGGCCAUGUCUGGCAAAUUUGCGGCUGUCGAUAUGCACACUCAAGCCAUCCGACAUGUCGUAACUCUGCGGGGCGGUCCAGACAAUCUAGGAUUUGAAGGAUUCCUCAAAACAAUAGCAGUUGCAUGGCUCACUUUCUAUGCCUCUCGACACUCAAUAUUAUCGCGUCGACAGACUCUCAUACCAGCCGACGGUCAGUUCACCUAUCCAGAACAUCCCUUCGACCCAGACUUGUGCAGUAUCAUUGCGGAAUUCCCUCGCGGCAUCACCGAUCUGGCUUUGUCUGGAGAGCUGAGUCAUCAAAUCAUAACAUUAAUAUCUCACAUCAACAAAUGGGAUCAGGACAUCAACAAUUCGUUGCAGGAAAAGGACAUCAUCCGUCUGCAUGAUCUUUCCCACAACUCCAGGAACAUUACAUUGUGUGGGGAGUUCUUGCAUCAGCCAAAUUUGCCGCUGGUUGAGCAACUCGUGAUACUCGCCCUGCUAGGUUUCUGCUAUUCUAACGACUACACCCGAGCGAUGUACUGGCUCACAAAUGCAUAUCUGCAGGUUCGUUGCAGGUUCUUGAACUCGGUAACCGUUGACGUGACGGACAAGAACGAAGAUUUCAUUACCUGGAUCGGGACUGUGCUUGCUGCAACAAGUGAUCCGGGAUCUCAGCCUUGGACGUUGGGCCUUUCUCUGCUGGAAGCACGACCUACGGCCCGAGAUUGGCAGGCCAACGUCAAAUUGUGCGAAACUUUCUUCUGGAAUGAGUCCAUGUCGCUGAGACUGUCGUCAAAGAUUGGGUACUUGAGGCAGAAAUCGCGUCAGGGUCAAGGAUAAGAAUUGCAUGUCUUUCAUCCUUGGACAUCUCACCACCCCAGGCGGCACUUGCCAGCUUCUCAUGUAGACAGAUGACCUGGGAUUGUUUUUGCUCCUCGAAGAGUUGCCGGGAUUCCCGAUUGCUUGCAGCUUCGCAGAGAAACCAUUCCCACGCCU